AUGGCUAACUUUCUCCUAAACAUAAUUCUCAUUACGAUUGGCAUUCAUGUGUUAAAAGCCAUUGCAUUGACCCACAGCUCACACACCGCACGGAAUGUCCUCUUUUUCUUCGGUUCUACAAAAUGUGAUUUUUGUCUCACAAUACCCAAAGCCGAUGACGCGGGUCUCGAGAGCUCUGUAUAUAAUAACUCGAUUUGCAAAACACCAAACUUGCAGACACUGGCCAAACGAAGCGUGAUCUUCGAGAAUGCCUUCACAUCCGUGAGUUCGUGUUCGCCGAGUCGGGCGGCGCUCCUAUCGGGCCUCCCGUCCCACCAGAACGGCAUGUAUGGCCUCCACCAGACCGUACAUCACUUCAAUUCGUUUGAUUCGGUCCAGAGUUUGCCCAACGUUUUAGGCAAGAACGGCAUCCGCACCGGCAUAAUUGGUAAGAAACAUGUCGGCCCCCAACCCGUCUAUGAGUUUGAUUUCUCGUACACUGAAGACAAUUACUCUAUUAAUCAAAUCGGAAGAAAUAUCACUCGUAUUAAGGAUUUAGUCCACCUUUUCCUCAAUGAUACCGAUACCAGGCCUUUCUUUCUAUACAUCGCGUUUCACGACCCGCACCGGUGCGGACAUACCAGUCCACAGUUUGGCAACUUUUGCGAAAAGUUUGGCAAUGGAGAGACUGGAAUGGGUUUCAUACCGGACUGGAAACCAAUUUACUACUCGCCCGACGAGAUCCAAGUUCCCUAUUAUUUACCCAAUAGUAGGCCUGUCAGGGAGGACAUCAGCGCUCAGUACACGACUAUAAGCCGAUUAGAUCAGGGAAUUGGACUCAUUCUUAAGACGUUCGAGAGCUUUGGGCUUUUAAACAACACUCUAGUUAUCUAUUCAUCAGAUAACGGCCCUCCCUUUCCCAUGGGCAGGACUAACUUAUAUGAUCCGGGCAUUAGAGAACCGCUUCUUAUUUCAAACCCAGUUAAACCUCAAUUAUGGCAAAGUAGAGUGUCAGAUCAAGUUAGUCUACUGGAUAUUAUGCCUACAAUAUUGGACUGGUUUGGUAUACCACUACCACAGUACAAAUUGUUUGACAAAAAAGUCUAUUACACCGGAAAGUCAUUACUUCCCUUUACAAAUCAGGUAUUGUUCUUACAUCGGGAGGUGUACGGGAGCCACAACUGGCACGAGUUGACAAUGUAUUACCCGAUGCGCUCCAUACGCACCGACCGCUACAAACUCAUCCAUAACGUGAACCACUACUCGCCGUACGGCAUCGAUCAGGACCUAUACGUCUCGCCAUCGUUUCAAUACAUACUGAACCGCACGCACCACUCGCUACCAAUUUAUUGGUUUAAAACAUUGCGACAAUAUUACUACCGACAGGAGUACGAGUUAUUUGACUUGAAAUACGACUCACGCGAAGCUAAUAAUAUCUACUCUCAUAUGAAAUAUAAUAAUUUGACUAAAAUUUUGAAGAAGAAACUGAAGGCGUGGAGCGCUUUAACGGGCGAUCCGUUCGUAUGUUCGCCGCAUUCAGUGCUCGAAGACACCGGAGCCUACAGGAGUCGACCCCAAUGUUUGCCAUUAUUUAAUCGCAGAAGACAUCGAGAAUAUGAUACGAGUCAAUUGAAAAUUCUAUUUAUAUUAACCCAGAAACCAAAAUUAAAUUUAAUGCUUAUGGCGUACAACUGA